AUGGAAAACUAAUAUCUUAGCGGUAUUUAACGCUAUGUGAAGCGCACUUCAGGAAAAGAAUAAGCCUAUUGUUCUAUGUUAACCGUACUAUUCUAUCUUGCAGUGAGUGUCGACAGAUUAGCGUGUUGACGUAAUACUAAUACCGAACAUAAAUAUAAUACCAGUUCAACGCUUACCCUUCAGGGAUAUAUAUAUAUAUAUAUAUAUAUAUAUGAGCUUGCAUUUCGAGCAUGGGAAAUUGUUUUGACAAGGUCAUUUCAGGGGAACAUACCUCAGGAAAACGAAGAAAACCAGAGAUCCAAGUGGUGAUAAACGAAAAUGCAAAUAAAGUAAACGAUGAAAUUCCGUUAACGACACAAACAGAAGAGCCUCGAAAUCUGAUUGCUCUUUACGAUUAUUCGUCCAGAAAUGCCGGAGACAUAAGUUUCAAAAAGUCCGAUAAACUAAUACUUCUAAGAACAAAUGACCAUGGAUGGUGGCAGGCGAGGCAUUCUGUUAGAGGUCAUCAAGGCUCUGUACCGAGUAACUUUGUAGCAUUUGAAGGAAGUCUACAAAGUGAAGAGUGGUAUUUUGGAACAAUUACGAGGAAAGAUUCCGAAAGAUUAUUACUGAAAGAAGGCAAAAAGGGAUGUUUUCUUAUUCGAGAAAGCGAAACAUCGGAAAAUUCAUAUUCAUUAUCGUUGUUAAAUGAAGACGAGCAGAAGGAAAUGUACGUGAAACAUUACCGAAUACACGCAACCGAAAACGACACGUUUUUCAUAACCGAAGACUUGGAGUUCGGCGAUCUCAUAUCGCUUAUUAACUACUACCAUGAUGCAUCUCAUGGUCUAUGCUGCCAACUUAUAAGAUGCAGUCCGAAAAAAGAAACACCGCAAACCUUUACACUCGGAGACAGCAUUUUCGAACUGACAGAUUCAAAUAUAAAUAUUUUGGAAGAAUUAGACGGUGGUUUCAACGAAAACGUAUAUAAAGCUUCGUGGGGCGAUAAGAUGGAUCUUACAGUAAAAAAAUAUAAGAAUAACAAAACCCCGUCUGGAAAUUUAGAUGUUAUGAGGUCGUUGCAUCAUAAAAGCAUUGUCAAAUAUUAUGGAAUGGUUUGGUCCGGACAAGUGUCAUACAUAUGGGAAUAUAUGGAUCUUGGCAACCUUUCGAGAUACUUGCGAGAAGGAAACGCGAAAUUACUCGCUGAUCAAAUCGAAAUUGCAGCACAGAUUGCCAGUGGCAUGGCUUAUUUGGAGUCGAACAACUUUGCCCAUAGACUUUUGCGCGCUCAAAGUGUUAUGGUGAAAGAUGGUCCAGCUUUUAAAGUAACUGAUUACGGAAUACUUGAAUCUCCAAAGGACUCCGAUUCAGAAGCUUUUCUUUGGUUGUCUCCUGAAUCUAUUGACUCCGGCGUCUAUGAUAUAAAAGCUGAUGUUUGGAGCUUCGGCAUUUUGAUGAUUGAAAUUAUAACACAGGGUGAAGAACCGUAUCCAAAUAUGGAUAUAUCUCGCGAUGAAAUUCUAGAAAAGAUAAAGGGUGGCUACCGGAUUCCGCGACCAGAACACUGCCCAGAAGCUCUUUAUGAACUACUUUUGCAAUGUUGGGACAAAGCAAGCGAAUUAAGACCAACAUUUGAAUAUAUACAGAUAUUUUUGGAGAGCUUUUUUCAGCGUACAGAUGUGGAAGCUGUAAAAGGAGUUUAAAACAUAACGUCGGACAACAUGAACAUUUUUAUUUAGUCACUACCACGCAUUGGAAUUCAGUCAUUUUCGUUUUCAUUUUCUUUUGUUUAAUAAAGAUAUUCUAAUUAAGAUGCAUGAUGUAUUAGAUUUUUGUAAUCCGAGUGUAGCUCGUUUAAUUCGUAUUUUGAAUGCCGGGUUAAGUCGUCCGCGUAAAGGGAU